AUGGCUCAUCAGGCAGGCAGCAAGCGCGCCACUGCGACGCCAAGGGAGCCGCCGCAGUUCCGGCCGGUUAGGUACGACGACGAGCCCUCCUCCAUAUCCCUUGAGCUCUUCGGCUACCACGGCGUCGUCGUGAACGGUGACCAUGACGUCGACGCCGGCGCUGCCCUGCCCCUGCAGCUCGCCUUCGACGACAACUACAAAGGCGGGUGCGGCUCGGCCGACUACUACGGCUGGACCGGCUACGGUGCUUCCGGCGGCUCGAGCGCCAGCUCUAGCUCCAACUCGUCGGUGCUCAGCUUUGAGCAGGCCGGCAGCGGCGGGCGGCACCUCUCUCAUGGCGCAGGCGUCGGAGGCGACGACGAGUGCGCGCUGUGGAUGGACGCGGCCUCAGCCACGGUCGACCAUCCGGCGCAGCGGCACUACGGAUCCGCCUGCAAGUUCGGGCUCGUGAGCCCAGGAAGCUCGGCUGAUGAUGCCGGCCUAGACAUCCAGGAGCUGGGCACCGUCCAGCCACCUGUCAAGGCAGCGCAGAAGCGUGCACGCCCGGAUGGUGAUCAGGCGCAAGCUGCAGCGGGGAAGAAGCAGUGUAGCGGCAGCGGAGGCGGCAGGAAGAGCAAGGCCAAGGGUGCUCCAGCUCCUGCUCCCACCAAGGACCCUCAAAGCGCCGCUGCAAAGGUCCGAAGAGAGCGGAUCGCCGAGAGGCUCAAAGUCCUGCAAGAUCUCGUGCCCAAUGGCACCAAGGUGGACUUGGUCACCAUGCUAGAGAAGGCAAUCACCUAUGUCAAGUUCCUCCAGCUGCAAGUAAAGGUCUUGGCUACUGAUGAGUUCUGGCCUGCACAAGGAGGGAAGGCACCAGAGCUCUCUCAAGUGAAGGACGCCUUUGACGCCAUCUUGUCAUCCCAGCAGUACCCUAACAAAUGAGCGCAUGCAUGCACUCGUUUUAAUUGUUAGAAGGCUAAAAUGGCGAAGAUGUUAGGAGG